GACUCUACAGGUGCUGAGCAAAAUGUCUUCAUCUGAUAACUGUUUCGCUAAGUGUAUUCUCAUCAUGAUUAGUUUGGUUUUAAUAUAUUGUGAAGACCACAUUUUCCAAACUCCAGGUGUUCUCAGAGCAUUCGUGGGAGAAAGUGUCAGCAUCACUUUUUCCAACUGGUACAAUCAUUUGAAAGCUGAAAGGAUGCAUGUUUCCUGGUGGAGGAGUAAACAAGUCGAAAAUCCUGUAUGUAGUAUAACUUACUUGAAUGAUUCGCUGAUACAAAGUCCUCUCUGUGAUAAUCGAACGAGCAUCAUUUUGAAGCUCAAUACUGGUGUCACUCACUUUAUAAUCCAAGAUCUCCAAAUGAAUGAUUCUGAUCUAUAUUAUUGUAAGAUUGCAUCCUAUAUUCCACCACCUACUAUAGAAAUAGAAGGAAACAAAACAAGCCUCAUAGUAGAAGUUCCUCCAAUGGUUGAAGUUACAUUUCUUCCUCAGCCUGAAAAUAGCUGUUGUGUACAAUUGGUUUGUAAAGCAGAGAACUUCUAUCCUGGUGGUAUACAAUUGAGGUGGAGAAAAGAAAGAACAGAAGGUUCAGUAUGGAUUGACUCUGGAACUACUAUUGCCUCAAACAAUAGCAAUUCUGCAACAAGUUAUGUCAACCUCUCUCAUUGGAAGGCAGGGGAUGUAUAUUCAUGUCUCGUGAAUCACUCGAUGUUGCAAAACCCUCUCAUUAGGAAUCUAACCAUACCAUUUGAUGAACAACGUGAAGUUGGAGCGUACUUAUGGUGGGUGUUGGCUUCUCUGGGUCUAAUUCUCAUAAGUGUGGUUGUUUACUUGCUAUUAAAGCGUUCAAAAAAAGCAGAACCUGAAGACAAUCAGACCUACGUUAAUGUUGGCACUACAUUAAGAACUCAAGAGACUCCUGUAGCAAGUCAGAAUUGUAAUCGAAAUUCACAUUCAAAUUAUAGCUUUAUUCGUCACUUUCCUUUGAGAAUAUAUGAAAAUACAUUUUAAUAAACUGAAAUGGCAGCGAAGUUAUGAAAAGGAAGUUGUCAUUUCAUAAUUGUA